UACACUACUUUCCUCUGCAUUCAAGAAUCUCCCUGCCUAUACCAAGGAAAAUCGGAAGAGCAAAAAGUGAGAAACUUGAGAAAAAAAAAAAUGGAUGCAGAAACCCAACAAAAAGUCGAGGAAACGGUGUUGGAAAUUUUGAAAAAUUCAAAUAUGGAAGAAACAACGGAGUACAAGAUCCGGAAGUCCGCAUCCGAGAAGCUGCAAAUGAAUCUGUCCGACCCGACUUGGAAGAAGUUCGUUAGACAGGUAGUGGAGUUGUACCUUCAGGAACAACAGGCUAAAGCAGAACAACAGGAGGAAAAGGAGGAGGAGGAGGAGGAAGAAGAGGAGGAGCAUAAUAAAACAAGAGGCGGAAAAGAGUACGAUGAUGAGGGUGGCUUGAUAAUUUGCCGAUUGUCUGAUAAGAGAAGGGUGACAAUAUCUGAUUUUAGAGGGAAAACUUUGAUAUCAAUUAGGGAGUAUUACAAGAGAGACGGUAAAGAGCUUCCAACAGCUAAAGGAAUAAGUCUGACAGCCGAGCAGUGGUCAUCCUUCAAGAAGAAUUUACCUGCAGUAGAGAAGGCUAUCAAGAAAAUGGAGUCUUGGUGAACUGAAUAUGACAUUAUAGACUUGUUUGUGAAUCAAUCAUUGGCUCUGUUUUUGGGGGUUUUGUAAUUGCUCUUGUGGAUCUUACCCUUCAUCUGGUUUUGUGCAUCAACUUUAUUAUGUAAUAUGUAUUGCAAUCGUUAUAGAUAAAUGAUCUUCUUCAUGUUGCUCUCAAUGGUAUGCCAUACUGUAUCAUGCCUAAACCUUUGCUACUAAUAGUUCCCUAGCAGUUCCUCGGA